CUUGGAAGCGCAACGCUGCGAGUAGCAAACACUGAUAUUACCAACGUUGCCGUCGUCACCGACAGUAUUAUCAAUGCUACUGCGGAGAAAAGAGGCACAUACAUGCCAUACAUGGUGUGUCUUGUCGGUGUCGGUGACGGUGAGGAUUGUCAUCCGGAACGGUGCUGUAUAAAGGAACUGAAGUGCUGUGCGGGAAAACUGGGUGGUGGCCGUUGGCCUAGCGCGCUGCCAUUCCUGGAUUUGUUUAUAUUUUUUGGUAGCAACGGAAGGAUCCAUUGA